AUGGCCGAGCCGCUGCAGAACUACCCUUCCGCGGGGACCGACAUCCAAGUCGAAGAUAAGGUCUCAUUUCUGGGAAAUGUUUCAAAGAAGGCUGAGAUGUACCACGGCCGCGUGCCAUACCUGCGUCGGCUGCCGUUCCCUGCCUUGGCCAUUAUCAUUCUGAUAGCCCUGGUUAAUGCCGCUGUCUGGGUGGCCGUGGGAAUCGUCUUGCACUUUCAUCCCGCUCUUAUUUCUACGGCUAUUCUCUCCUACACCCUUGGCCUGCGUCAUGCUCUGGAUGCAGACCAUAUUUCUGCCAUCGAUCUCAUGACACGCCGCCUUAUUGCCGCGGGCCAGAGGCCUGUGACUGUCGGCAUGUUCUUUUCUCUGGGCCACUCAACGAUUGUCAUAGUCACCUCAAUCGUUGUUGCAGCCACGGCCUCUGCCGUCUCCGACAAGUUUGACAGAUUCUCCCAAGUCGGUGGCAUUAUCGGCACCUCCGUGUCCGCCGCUUUCUUGAUCCUGCUGGGCAUCAUGAACGUUUACAUCCUGUACCGCCUGGUAAAGCAACUCAAUGCGCUGCUGGCCGCCCAUCCUAGUGAAGAGGAAGAUGAAGACUUCAAGAUCCACGGUGGGGGAUGCCUCUUCAACAUCUUCAAGAGCAUGUUCAAGAUGAUUGACCGGCCCUGGAAGAUGUACCCCCUUGGAGUCCUCUUCGGUCUCGGCUUCGACACCUCGUCAGAGAUCGCACUGCUCGGCAUCUCUUCCAUCCAAGCGGCGCGCGGCACGUCCAUCUGGCUGAUCCUGCUCUUCCCCUUGCUCUUCACGGCAGGCAUGUGCCUGCUCGACACGGCCGACGGCGCGCUGAUGAUGUCGCUCUACACAUCCACCGCCCUGGCCCGCGACCGCAUCGCCAUCCUCUACUACAGCAUCGUCCUCACCGUCAUCACCGUCGUCGUCGCCCUCGUCAUCGGCGUCAUCCAGCUGCUCACCCUCAUCCUCAACGUCGCCGAGCCUACCGGCCGCUUCUGGGACGGCGUCGAAAAGGCUGGCGAUAGCUAUGAGAUCAUCGGUGGCGCCAUCUGUGGUUCUUUCAUCGUCUUCGGCGCCCUUAGCGUUGUCCUCUACAAGCCCUGGCGUAGGCGCAUCGACGAGAGGCGCGAAAGGCGUCAGGCUGCUCUGCUCCAGAACAACCAGCAAGAUCCGGCUUCGGGCGACCGGGAGGGCCGCGAGACGCCUAUCAGAAGGACCACUCCUUAUGGCACGGUCGAGAUCACGGACGAGGAGAGCCAGACGGCGCACCAGAGCAAGAGGAAGGGCGACAGGCAGCAAAUUUCGGCGCAGGAGAUUGGCGAGCACGCCUAA